UUUAUUCCGCCUCUAUAGUCUAAACCCUAGCAAUCUUCUUCAAGAACUGUCCAGUGAGCGUCUCUGCAACUCCAAAUUUCUACGGCCAUGGAAGGUAUUGAAGCAGAGGGAGUAACUGCAAUGCCAGCUCUCUCUCCAGACGAUGAUUUUUGCGACUCGAUACUUUCACGAUUCUCCUCUUCCGAUCAAGAGGCCCACCAGCAUCUCUGCGCCGUGGUUGGUUCCAUGUCUCAGACGUUCAAGGACGAGAACCUCCCCACGACUCCAGUCGCAUACUUUGGGGCAGCAUGUUCUUCCAUGGACCGCCUCUCUUCCCAGCCUGAUACGUCCCCUCUCGUGAUCGAGGCUCACAUGACCAUUAUAUCCCUUGUUCUUCCUAGAUUGUCGUCUGCUAUUCUCAGAAAACAUUGGGAUUUCACAUCCGCGAUCGUACUACGGGUUCUUCGCUCCAAUUCAGUAACUGCGGGUGCUGCCAUGGCGGGAGUCAAAUGCGUGGCGCAGUUGUUGAUCAUCAGAGACACUGUAAACUGGUCCGACGUUUCUCAGUUGUACGGGUUAUUAUUGGGGUUUGCAACAGAUAUGAACGUUAAGGUUCGAAGGCAGUCACAUUUGUGUAUCAGUGAGGUCUUGCAAAGUUUUCAGCGAACAUCACUGCUGGGACCUGCAAGUGAAGGUAUUACAAACAUAUUUGAAAAGUUUCUUCUGCUUGCUGGUGGUUCAAACACAGAUUCUGCUGAAGGGCACCAAGGAGCUCAAAAGGUCCUCCAUGUUCUGGAUGCCCUUAAAGAAUGUCUUCCUCUUAUGACAGUGAAGUAUACCACUAGCAUUCUUAUGCGCUUCAAAUCUCUCCUCGAAUUGGGUCAACCCAUUGUUUCAAGGCACAUAACCAAUUGCUUAAACAAAAUCUGUCUCCAUCCAACGUUAGAGGUUUCAGCUGAAGUGCUGCUUGACCUGUUAUGCUCACUAGCUCUUUCUCUCUCCACGCAUGAGACAUCUGUUGAUAGUAUGACAUUCACUGCACGCCUGCUGGAUGUGGGAAUUAGAAAAAUUUAUUCACUUAAUCGACAAAUUUGCAUUGUGAAGCUCCCUGUUGUAUUUAAUGCACUCAAAGAUGUAUUGGCAUCUGAACAUGAGGAAGCAAUAUAUGCCACCACAGAGGCCUUGAAGAAUUUGAUAAAUGACUGUGUUGAUGAUAGCUUGAUCAACCAGGGUGCGGAUCAGAUGAUGAUGAAUGCAAAUACGGAUACAAGAAAGUCUGGGCCACCGAUAAUCGAAAAGCUGUGUGUAACUAUUGAGAGCUUGCUCGAUUAUCACUACAGUGCAGUCUGGGACAUGGCAUUUCGAGUGAUUUCGACAAUGUUUGACAAAUUAGGGUAUUAUUCCUCAUAUCUGAUGAGGGGGACUCUUAAAAACCUGGCUGACAUGCAAAACUUGCCCGAUGAAGAUUUUCCAUACCGAAAACAGCUGCAUGAAUGUGUUGGAUCUGCACUUGGUGCAAUGGGGCCUGAAACAUUUUUAAGCCUUAUACCACUUAAGUUGGAGGCUGAUAACCUAGCUGAAGUCAAUGUGUGGCUCUUUCCAAUAUUGAAACAGUACAUAAUUGGUGCAAAUUUAAAUUUCUAUGCAGAAACAAUUUUUGGUUUGGUUGGACAGUUAAGGCAGAGAUCACGAAAGCUUGAGCUUGAAGGACGAAUUAUGGCAUCAAGGAGUACAGAUGCACUUGUGUACUCUUUGUGGUCUUUGUUGCCUUCAUUUUGCAACUACCCACUUGAUACUGCUGAGAGUUUCAAGGGCAUGCAGAAAGCUUUAUGCAGUGCCCUUCGUGAGGAACCCGAUGUUCGUGGAAUAAUAUGCUCCAGUUUACAGGCUCUUGUUCAGCAGAAUAAGAAAAUCCUUGAAGAAAACACUGGUAUUGUGGGUAAUGAAGUUUCUGCCGCCGGCCAACGAGCAAUGGCUCAUUAUACUCCUGAGGUUGCAGCAAGUAAUUUGAAUGUGCUUAAGUCAUCUGCUCGUGACAUUCUCUCUGUUUUGUCAAGGGUCUUACUGGAAUCUACAAGAGAUGAUGGUGGUUGUUUACAGUCCACAAUCAGUGAGUUUGCCUCAGUCUCAGAUAAAGAAGUAAUCUCAAGGUUGUUCCAAAAGACAAUGAAGAGAUAUUUGGAGGUCAUUCAAGAGGCUAGCAAAGCAGAAAGUUCAAAAAAUUAUGUUUCAAUGGAGAUUGAUGGCUCUUCAAAUGAUAGAUCACUAUUACUUUUGAGGGCUCGUCUAUUUGACUUGGCAGUUUCACUUUUGCCUGGAUUGAAUGCUGAGGAAAUUGAGCUUUUAUUUAAGGCAAUUAAUCCUGCUUUACAGGAUGUGGAAGGUUUAGUGCAGAAGAAGGCUUACAAAGUUCUUUCAAUUAUUCUUAAGGAAUGUGAUGUAUUUUUGUCAUCAAAGCUUGAGGAAUUGCUAAGACUUAUGAUUGAUGUGCUGCCAAUGUGCCAUUUUUCUGCCAAGCGUCACAGGCUGGACUGUUUGUACUUUCUUAUAGUUCACGUCUCCAAGGACAACUCAGAGCAGAAGAGGCGAGACAUACUAAGUUCAUUCCUGACUGAAAUAAUACUUGCUCUAAAAGAGGCUAAUAAAAAAACAAGGAAUCGAGCUUAUGAUGUGCUUGUACAAAUUGGUCAUGCAUGUGGAGAUGAAGAGAAUGGCGGGAACAAAGAAUACUUAUACCAAUUUUUUAGCAUGGUAGCUGGGGGAUUGGCUGGAGAGACACCGCAUAUGAUUAGUGCUGCCAUGAAAGGCUUAGCUCGCUUGGCUUAUGAAUUUUCUGACCUUCUUGUUACUUCUUACAAGUUGCUUCCAUCUACAUUUCUCCUCCUUAAGAGGAAAAACAAGGAGAUUAUUAAGGCAAAUUUAGGACUCUUGAAGGUUUUGGUUGCAAAAUCACAGGCUGACGGUUUACAAAUGCAUUUGAGGAGCAUGGUUGAAGGCUUGCUACAAUGGCAAGAUGUCUCAAAAAACCAUUUCAAAGCUAAGGUUAAGCUUCUAUUGGAAAUGCUUGUUCGAAAAUGUGGUCUUGAAGCAGUUAGGGCUGUGAUGCCUGAAGAACACAUGAAGCUCCUUACUAACAUAAGAAAGAUCAAGGAGCGGAAAGAGAAGAAACGUUCGGCUCAAUCUGUGGAAACGAAGUCUCAUCUAUCAAAAGCAACCACAUCCAGGCAAAGCAAAUGGAAUCAUACAAAGAUCUUCUCUGAUAUUGAUGAUGAAGAUCUCGAUGACAGUGAUGCAGAAUAUAUGGAUGCAGAGACUGUUUCUGGUCGACAGAGCAAAGCUUCUGCUAGACUCAAAUCAAAAGCAUCUUCGUUACGGUCCAAGAGAACACGGAAAGCAGAUAUGAGUUUGCCUGAGGACAUGUAUGACCAUUUGGAUGGUGAACCACUUGACUUGCUUGAUCGUCAUAAAACAAGGUUAGCUCUUCGAUCUUCUGAGAAUCGCAAACGGAAAGUGGAAUCUGAUGAUGAGCUGGAGAUAGACUCUGAAGGACGUCUAAUAAUUCGCGAGGGAGAGAAACAGCAGAAGAAGGAAGAGCGUUCAGACCCUCAUUCAGACGCUAGAAGUCACUUAUCUGGCACCUCUUCUAGAAAAAUGCAGAAACAGAAACGUAGGAAAACGUUAGAAUCUGGGAAGGCUUACAUUGGGAGUGAGUAUGCUAGCAAGAAAGCACGCGGGGAUGUGCGAAGGAAGGGUAAACUUGAGCCGUAUGCAUAUUGGCCCCUUGAUCGCAAGAUGAUGAGCCGUAGGCCAGAGCACCGAGCUGCUGCCAGGAAAGGUAUGUCAACAGUCGUAAAGAUGACAAAGAAGCUUGAGGGUCAAAGCGUCGCGAGUGCACUUUCCAUGAAAUCACGAGGCAAGUAGAUGGUAAUGUUGUUGUUUUCAGGAUCUGAGUUGCAAGAUUGUUCCCCCUUUUCUUCAGUAUUGGCCUUCAAUUUUUUGAAUUAUUUAUAAGGUUUUAGACUUUAAUCUAUGUAUGUAUUCGUCCGGUAAUGUAUGGAAGAGCUACAGUUGAGGGAAAAUUAGCUAUGUGAUAAAAAUGAAGCAGUUUAUGUAAGAAAGACGUAGCUGUUUUUCAAGUUUAUUGUUGUAAUCUAAUUUAUAUUUCCCCUUUUUACUAAUCUAAUAUUACCAAUAGGAUUGUGAAA